AUGUAAAUAUGUCUGUGUGGUGUUUUAGAUAUUUAUAAUGUAUUGUUGCUUUAAUUCUUCUUAUUAAUCUCACCUGCUAAACUGCCAAUGGCUUUCAAAAUUUUAGCCUUUUUUUCUCUGCUGCUCUUUUGGGCUGUUGGGAAUUCCUCAGCAAUUCCUCAAGUAUCCCACCAAAGUGUUUUCUGGCAUGUUACUGAUAUUCACGUGGAUCAAAAUUAUUCCAGAACUGGAAAUCCUUUAGAUCUGUGCCAUGAUGAUAAUACUGAUCAUCCUGACAAUGGCUUAUAUGGAAAUUUCUUAUGCGACUCGCCACUGUAUUUAGUUAAUGCAACAAUAAAUUCAAUGAAAAUUAUUGAACCACAUCCUGAUUUUGUAUUAUGGACUGGUGAUAAUCUUCCUCACACAAGUGGGGAAAACCCAGAAUGGAAUCUGAUCUUUGAAGCAAUAAAAAACGUAACAGAGUUACUGAAAGUCAGUUUUCCUGGUAUCCCUGUGUUUCCAUCAAUUGGCAACCAUGAUACUUUUCCUCCAAAUAUGUUGAUACCUAAUAGUACAACAGAUACUGUUUAUAAAAAUUUCUUGGAAAAAGGCGGAUGGGAAGACUUUUUGGAUGAAAAUGCAAAAUCAACUUUUAUAAAAGGUGGAUAUUACAGCCAGAUAAUAAGACCUGCACUUAGAAUCAUUAGCUUAAAUACUAUCUUAUGGUAUGAGCCAAAUACUUUUACUGAAGGUUUGAUUGAUCCAGUUGAUCAGUUUCAAUGGUUUGAAGAUGUUCUUAAGAAUAGUUCAACAUCUCAUGAAAAGGUUUAUAUCAUUGGACAUGUACCUCCCGGUUAUUAUAACCGGGUAAGGUAUCCAGAACAAAGCAAACCUACCUAUCAUCCUCAGUAUUUGGCAACCUAUUUACAAUUACUUAAAAGAUAUGCAGACAUAAUUAUUGGACAGUUAUUUGGACAUUUACAUAUAGAUAUGUUCCAGCUUUUUCAAUGUGACUCUGGUGUCUUUUUGAGUUCAUCGCUUUUGGCAUCAUCUGUUACUCCAUGGUAUCAUGACAGUGGUGAUAAUUCUAGUGUUCCUGUAAAUCCUUCUGUUCGCCUUAUGUAUUAUUCUCACCAAGAUGGACAGCUGAAGGAUUAUGACCAAUUCUUUUUGAAUCUGACAAAACUCAAUAGCAUUAACAAGACAGAGGAAAGCACUUCUGUCUAUGAACUGCUGUACAAGUUCACUGAUUUCUACAAAGUUCCUGAUUUAUCAACUAAUUCAUUAGUAAAUGUUUAUGAAAAACUGAAAGAAAAUCCAGAUUUGUAUGAAGCUUUUUAUAAAUUUUCCACUGCAGGAAAAGAGACUUAUCCUUGUGAUUCCCAUUGUAAAACUGCUCAAAUGUGUUCCAUUGCUUGUAGUAGUCAUGAUGAGUACUAUUAUUGCAUGACUAAUGUUAAUGCAUCUGUGUAUGUUUGUAAUAAUGCAGCAUCUUCACCAACAAAUUAUUAUAUUAUCUUAUAUGUUGGUAUAGCAUUAGUUUUUACUCUUGUUAUUUUCCUUGGAUUUUAUUUUUGGUAUGGAAGAAAUCGCCAUGUCAGGUAUGAACAAUUUUCAAGUUUUUAACUAGUAUUUUAAUAUACAGUAAUGUAUACUUACUGUAUGAGUUCACAAUGCUCUAUGAUUUAAAGUUUUGAUUUUUUAAUUGUUGCUGGAAAUACUCCGUAAGCUGAAAGUGUAUGGUCAUGUCUGAUGCAAAUGAUGAUGCAUUGAUCUGAAACAACUAAAAUUUUAAAAAUCUGUGAUAUAUUGAAUAAAAUGUUUUGCUGA